AAUCAAUACAGAAUGAAUCUCAUAUCGGACGGCUAGGACAUAGUAGAAGGUUCAAGAGUCAAAUAGCCCAUUAUUGGCCAUUAGCCCAUUUUAAACCUAAUUCCCCCUGUCAUCACUUCCAAUUCAAUUUUCAUUUGGUUUGUUCAACAAGAAGAAGCCUUACCCUUUUAUUUUCGUCACUUCACUCCUAUUUUCCUGCUCUUCAACUACCUUCACUCCGUUGCCAAUAUCUACUUCAUAGCGGUGUUUGUGUGUUUACUGAAUAGAUGGCAUCAACAUUCACUAGCAUGUCUACAAUGGCUGCUCCUGGGGCUUGUGUUGCGGAUAAAAAACCCUUCACUUGUGCUGACAAGCUGUCAUCAUCGUCUUCUAUAUCUUCUUCUAGUGCAUUUGGUAGACGACACAAUGUUGUUAUGAGGAAGUCACGUUCUGCAAAGAUCAAUGCCAUGGCAAAGGAACUGUACUUUAACAAAGAUGGGUCUGCUGUCAAGAAGCUGCAAAGUGGGGUGAACAAGCUUGCAGAUUUAGUGGGGGUCACCCUUGGUCCAAAAGGUAGAAAUGUUGUUCUAGAGAGCAAAUAUGGUUCUCCUAAAAUCGUCAACGAUGGUGUAACUGUUGCAAAAGAGGUUGAGUUGGAGGACCCAGUAGAAAAUAUUGGGGCAAAGUUAGUGAGACAGGCAGCUGCAAAGACUAAUGAUUUAGCUGGUGAUGGAACAACCACUUCGGUUGUCCUUGCACAAGGAAUGAUUGCAGAAGGUGUCAAGGUUGUGGCAGCUGGUGCGAACCCUGUUUUGAUCACUCGUGGUAUUGAGAAGACUGUAAAAGCAUUAGUAUCUGAACUGAAGUCAAUGUCAAAAGAGGUUGAAGACAGUGAACUUGCUGAUGUUGCAGCUGUCAGUGCUGGCAACAAUUAUGAAGUUGGGAAUAUGAUAGCAGAAGCGAUGAGUAAAGUUGGAAGAAAAGGUGUUGUGACCCUUGAAGAAGGAAAAAGUGCUGAAAAUAGUCUUUAUGUUGUUGAGGGGAUGCAGUUUGAUCGUGGGUUUUUAUCUCCUUACUUUGUUACUGAUGCUGAGAAAAUGAUAGUGGAGUAUGAGAAUUGUAAGUUGCUUUUAGUUGACAAGAAGAUUACAAAUGCAAGGGAUCUGAUCAAUAUUUUAGAAGAUGCUAUCAGGGGAGGAUACCCUGUGUUGAUAGUUGCAGAAGAUAUUGAACAAGAAGCUUUGGCCACUCUUGUUGUGAACAGGCUGAGAGGGUCAUUGAAAAUUGCUGCACUUAAGGCACCAGGAUUUGGUGAGCGUAAGAGUCAGUAUCUUGAUGACAUUGCUAUCCUUACAGGAGGAACUGUGAUCCGAGAUGAGGUUGGGCUUACAUUGGACAAGGCUGGCAAAGAGGUUUUAGGAAAUGCUGCGAAGGUUGUUCUUACUAAAGAUUCAACUACAAUAGUUGGUGAUGGAAGCACCCAGGAUGCAGUGAAUAAAAGAGUUGCUCAAAUUAAGAAUCUAAUUGAGGUUUCUGAACAAGAGUACGAGAAAGAGAAGCUUAAUGAAAGAAUUGCUAAGCUUUCUGGUGGAGUGGCCGUAAUACAGGUUGGAGCACAAACUGAAACUGAGUUGAAAGAAAAAAAGCUGAGAGUAGAAGAUGCUCUUAACGCAACAAAGGCGGCUGUUGAAGAAGGUAUUGUUGUUGGUGGUGGAUGUACUCUACUUCGGCUUUCAUCUAAAGUGGAUGCGAUUAAGGAUCAACUUGAACACGAAGAAGAGAAGGUCGGAGCAGAUAUUGUUAAAAGAGCACUCAGCUAUCCCUUGAAAUUAAUUGCCAAAAAUGCUGGUGUAAACGGAAGUGUUGUCAGUGAAAAGGUGCUGGCAAAUGACAAUCUAAGGUAUGGAUACAAUGCUGCCACUGGACAAUAUGAAGACUUGAUGGCUGCUGGAAUUAUUGAUCCAACCAAGGUCGUCAGAUGUUGUCUGGAGCAUGCAUCUUCCGUAGCAAAAACAUUUUUGAUGUCCGACUGUGUAGUUGUUGACAUAAAAGAACCUGAACCAAUGCCCGCAGGAAACCCCAUGGACAACUCUGGAUACGGUUACUAAACACAGCACGACUGUACGAGAAGUUUGAAGGAAAGUAAGAGCUAAAUGAAGUUAGAGCAUAGUUUUGUAAAGCUAGUUAUAAUUAUUGGACUUAUCAAGCUGUAAACGGCUGAGUUUUUUGUGAACAAAACAAUUGGUUUCUUGGACUUGCAAUUUAGCUGUGAUGUUGGGGCGAGUGAAACAAAUGAUUAAGCUUCUCUUCAAUACUCGUGUAGUGUUUCCAUUUUUCAAUAAAAGAGAUGGGCAUUUAGGUUA